AUGCAUAUAUGCAAGUACUUGGAGACCAGCAGCGAAACCUUUUGCUUUCGACACUCAAAUGAUUCUCCUACCCAGAGUGUUGAAGCAAAGGCUAGAGAAGAGCUGACGGUAGCUCAGAAAGAGCUGGAGGUCUGUGAUGCAUCAAGUAUGGGAGCCAAAGCGCAACAGGCCACAGUAAACUCCCUGAAGUCUGUUCUCUCACCUUUACGACGUGUUCCACCGGAAAUUCUCUUCGAAAUCGCGCUCUACUUCCAAGACGGCUCGCCCUGCCACGAAAUAGAAAGUGAUCUGUGGCGUUUUGGCCGUGUCUGCAGGAAGUGGCGAGCCGUAGCGCUAUUAUCCAGGCAUCUCUGGACUACCGUCGCCAUUGAUGAUAUGAUGUGUGUCGGGGUCCGCCCUGAACCAGCGAACCGUGUUCUUGUCGAAUACUUGAAGAGGUCCGGAGAUCUUCCUCUUCGUGUCCAUGUCAAAUUUGAAAAUUAUUAUGUGGACGAUGAACCUGUCGACCAUGUGCUGAUCAACACCCUCGUCUCUCACUCUCAUCGCUGGAAGACACUUCUUUUCACAGCUCCCGACUAUCUCUGGCCUGGUCUCUGCCAGGUUGGUGGGCAUCUACCCAUUCUAGAACGCAUCGCGUGUCUCUCUACCCGGAACGAACCCCCCACGAACCUUGAUAUCCUUCUCCCAAUCUUUUCCGAUGCUCCACGGCUGCGACAUGUCGACAUUAAUAUGAAUGCGCCGAUACCCUUCCUCCUUCCCUGGAACCAGCUAACACACUACCAUGAUAACCGCCACGGUUUCAUGUCACACCACAAGCUAGAAGAGCAGUUUUUUGAUCGGUGUUUGCACCUCCGCGAAUGCACUCUUUUAUCACAGUCGCCCGUCACGAACAAUUCUCGCACCUUGCUUCCAGACCUAUACUCCUUAACCUUGGCGUCAUCAGCGUCAUUGGAUGCCGUAACCGCUCCAGCACUUCAGUUCCUAAUGAUCCAUCAUGGGCAUCAAGAGAGAACCUUGGACAUAGGCAUCCUCUCCCGUUUCAUUUCCCGCUCCUCUUGCUCCCUUACAGCUCUCGUUUUGUUUGGGGGUACGACUCUUGGAUCUCGUAUUAAGAGCGACGAGCUAGUUCCCGUACUGAAGGCGUCUCCCCAAUUGAUGCAGCUGCAUGUGUAUGGUGUGAAUAUCCAAAUGUAUUUCCUCCGGAGUAUGACACUGUCCGCCUCGUCGUCGGACCUUGUUCCUCUCCUAGAGGACCUAUCGUUGGAUGUAUGGUGUUUCGAUGUGUACCUCCUCUUUUCGAUGCUAGAAAGUCGCUGUAGCAAAGGGUCAGUAUUGCAACAGGUAUCGAUCAAGUGCAUGGGCGUUACUUUAUCUAAUCAACUUCUCGUUCGUCAUGCGACUUUGCAGGAGAAAGGCUUUCGGCUCUAUUUUGCUACGCAGAAUGCCAAUGAGCGCCAGUGUGAGUAG